AUGAUAUCGAUACAAUCAGCAAUCAAGCGGUCAGUGACCAAGAGUGGUCUGCUGACUUCUUCGUCAGUAUACGCUCGCAGCAGCAUGAUUAGUAACAGCAGCCGACCGACAUUUGGCGUGCGACCAUUCGCCUCGCUCACACCAGGCUCGCCCCUGACCAACCAGCCAAAGUCCCGCAAGGAGCUGUCAGAGUCCUUCUUGGACGGCACGUCGUCCAACUACGUCGAGGACAUGUACAACUCGUGGAAGAGCGACCCAUCCUCUGUGCACAACUCGUGGGCCUCCUUCUUCCAGUCAGCUGACAUGGAGACCCCUGUCGGCGAGGCCUACAUGUCGCCCCCAACCCUCGGAACCACCGCCCCAGUUGCCGCCUCGCCCUCCACCGGCCCCGUCUCUGGCGCAUCCAGCAUGAAGCAGGUCAGUGACAGCAUGCGUCUCCUCCUCCUCAUCCGUGCCUACCAAGUGCGCGGCCACGCCAUUGCCAACCUCGACCCACUCGGUCUCCAAGUUCGUCCAGAGCCACCCGAGCUCAACAUCAGCAGAUAUGGAUUCACUGAGGCUGAUAUGGACAGACCAAUUAUGGUUGGUGAUGGAUUGAUCUCUGGAUUCUUGACAAACAACGCACCACAGACUACACUGAGACACGUGAUGUCCCGCUUGAAGCAGGUCUACUCUAGCAACAUCGGCAUUGAGUACAUGCACAUUCAGGACAGAGAGAUGUGCGAUUGGAUUCGCGAGAAGUUUGAGACGCCCGUGAGCAAGGUGUUCUCACGCGAGCAGAAGGUCAAGGUGCUCGAGCGUCUCGCCUGGGCCGACCAGUUCGAGGCAUUCCUGGGGCUCAAGUACAAGACUCACAAGAGAUUCGGUCUCGACGGUUGUGAGUCGCUCAUCCCCGGUAUGAAGGCCAUGAUCGACGACAGUGCCCAGCAGGGAGUUGUCGACGUCGUCAUCGGCAUGCCACAUCGUGGCCGUCUCAAUGUGUUGGCCAACGUCGUGCGCAAGCCACUCAAGGCUAUCUUCAACGAGUUCAACGGCGGUGUCAUCAGUCUCGAGGGCGAGUACUCGGGCACCGGUGACGUCAAGUACCAUCUUGGCACGUCGUACGACCGCAUCACCUCUGACGGCAAGAAGGUUCAUCUGUCGCUCGUCGCCAACCCAUCCCAUCUCGAAGCCGUCAACCCGGUCGUCGAAGGCAAGGUCCGCGCCAAGAUGCACUACUCCAACGAUGUCGAGCAGUCCAAGUCUCUCCCAAUCGUCCUCCACGGUGAUGCCUCCAUCGCCGGCCAAGGUGUCGUCUACGAGACCCUCCACCUCAGCAAGUUGACCAACUACUCCACCGGUGGUACCAUUCACAUCGUUGUCAACAACCAGAUUGGUUUCACUACCAAUCCAACAUCAUCGAGAUCCUCAAUGUACUGCACUGACGUUGCCAAGACCAUCGAUGUACCAAUCUUCCACGUCAAUGGUGAUGAUGUCGAGGCAGUCGUCCACGUCUGCAAGAUCGCUUCCGAGUGGAGACAGAAGUUCAAGAGAGACGUCAUUGUAGAUAUUGUUUGUUAUAGAAGAUUCGGUCACAACGAGACAGAUCAACCAAAGUUCACUCAGCCAAUAAUGUACACUAGAAUAGCAGAGACAACACCUGUGAUUGAGAAGUACUCGAAGCAAUUGAUUGGCGAGGGAGUGUUGACCACUGAGCAAUUCGAUCAGUUGAAGCAAGUGAUCCGUGAGGCCUACGAGAAGGGCUUCCAGGAGGGCAUGAAGUACACGCCCAAGCCAUCCGACUGGUUCGAGAACCACUGGGCUGGCAUCAAGAACACCACGCAGCCAGCCGUCAUCCAGAAGACCAGCAUCACUCCAGAGCUCGUCAAGAAGCUCGGAGGUGUCCUUACCUCGGUGCCCCAGGGCUUCGAGCCACACACCACCAUCAAGCGUAUCCUCAAGGAGAAGGCUGAUAUGUUUGAGAAGGGCUCCGGCUUUGAUUGGGCCACCGCUGAGGCUUUGGCCUUUGGCUCUCUGUUGCUCGAUGGCAACCACGUGCGUCUGUCCGGCCAGGAUGUCGAGCGUGGCACCUUCAGUCAUCGUCAUGCCGUCAUCCACGACCAGAAGAACGGCUCCACUCACACUCCACUCCAGACUCUUGAGAAGAAUCUUAACCAACCGGCCGCCAAGUUCCUCGCCUCCAACAGCUCGCUGUCAGAGUUUGCCGUGCUCGGCUUUGAGCUCGGUUACUCCCUAGAGAACCCCAAGUCAUUGGUUCUCUGGGAGGCCCAGUUUGGUGACUUUAGCAAUGGCGCUCAGGUCAUCAUCGAUCAAUUCCUCUCGUCUGGUGAGGCCAAGUGGAUGCGUCAGUCUGGUCUUGUCAUGCUGCUGCCACACGGCUACGAUGGUGCUGGCCCCGAGCACUCCUCCUGCCGUCUGGAGAGAUACCUGCAGAUGUGCGACAGUGAUCCCAACAAGAUCCCACCACGCUCAGAGGCCGAGCAGAAGCAGGCUCAGCACUGCAACUGGCAGAUCCUCAACUGCACAACGCCCGCCAACUACUUCCACGCACUCAGACGUCAGGUCAUGCGUGACUUCCGUAAGCCAAUGGUGAUGGCCUCGCCCAAGUGGCUCCUGCGUCUGCAGCAGUCAUUCUCCUCCGUCGACGACUUCACCAAGGUCGAUUCGUUCACUCGUGUCUACCCCGAGGCCGCACCCGCCGACUUGGUUGCGCCAGAGAAGGUCCGUCGCGUUAUCUUCUGCUCUGGACAAGUCUACUAUUUACUCAAGAACGCCCGUGACGCUGCCAAGGUCAAGGACGCCGCCAUCAUCCGUGUCGAGCAGCUGCAUCCAUUCCCCUUCGACCUCGUGGCCGACCAGCUCAACCACUACCCCAACGCCAAGGCCGUCUGGUGUCAGGAGGAGCCAAUGAACAUGGGACCAUGGUCAUUCGUCUACCACUACUUCGUCUCGACGUUCCGUUCCAUCAACCGUCCAUUCGAGUUGCAAUACGCCGGUCGUCCAUCCAGUGCCUCGCCCGCCGUCGCUUCACACUCUCUGCACAACCUGCAACAGGAGAGCUUCAUGGCUGAAGCCUUGGGGACAAAGAAGAGCCUAGACACGUCCAAUGUUGCCUAA